AUGAUUAUUUUAAUUUCAGUUAAGGUAGUUCGAGAUAAGGCAGGAUAUUUUGCUGAGCGCUUGUAUUAUUCAAUGAAAGGAGCUGGAACUGAUGAUAGAACGUUAAUCAGAAUUGUUGUUACAAGGUGUGAAAUAGAUAUGGUACAAAUUAAACAAGAAUUCCAGAGACGUUAUGGUAAAACUCUUGAAUCAUUUGUAAGAGUAAGUACUAUUUCUUUUUACAGACAUGCAAACUGUCCCGACUUACAAAAUAUCUAUGAAUCUAAUGAAAUUACAUGA